UUUUCAUUGGCUCUUUGGUUGAACUUUAACUCUGUCCGCCCCGAAGCUGUACGCUCCAAUGGCUGGCUUUGUUUGAGUAGUUGCGGCGAUCAUUGGGUGGCUGGAACCGUCGCUCUCGGUUAGUUCCCUCUGCUGACUUUCUGGGACAGGCCUUUGGUUACCGGUUGGAAGCUUUCCACUUUCGCCGUGGCUCGGUUGGGCCUUUGCAUGGGCUACGUCAGUGGAAGCUGAGCGGGAACUGCUUCUACCUCGUUGAGGAGGCUCCUUCCAGCACAGAUUUUCCUGCAUAUUAUCAAGAUGAGCCCUUCACAGUGGGAUUUUCCAGUGGAACUAUGUUGCCGGCCUAUGGCCUUUGUUACACUCACGGGUUUGGAUGUAGUGUAUAAUGCUGUUCAUCGGGCAGUUUGGGAUGCCUUUUGUGCAAACAGGAGAGCAGACAGAGUGCCAAUUUCUUUCAAAGUGCUCCCUGGUGAUCAUGAGUAUCCUAAAUGUAGAACAAAGAGAACAACGUAUGAAUGGUACAUUCCAAAAGGUAUCUUGAAGACUGGCUGGAUGAACAAACAUCUGAAUUUGGUGCCUGCACUUGUGGUGGUGUUCUAUGAGCUGGACUGGGAUGAGCCACAGUGGAAAGAAAAGCAGUCGGAGUGUGCAACUAAAGUUGAAAUUGUCAGGCAGAGUUUGCAGGGAAGAAACACAAAAGUUGCUGUAGUCUUGAUUCAGAAGAAAACACCAUUACCUCCAGGAGAAGAUCUUGUUGCUUCUGAAAGAGCGGCAGCUUUAUGCAAUGCUUGCGACCUCUCUGGAAAAUCCCUGUUUGUUUUGCCACACACAGAUCACCUUGUAGGUUAUAUUAUAAGGUUAGAAAAUGCAUUCUAUGAACAUGCACAGACCUACUACUAUACAGAAAUCCGCAGGGUGAAAUCUCAUAAAGAAUAUCUGAACAAAACAACACAUCAGCUUUUGUUUGUUAGACACCAGUUCAAAAUAGCAUUCUUCAGUGAGUUGAAGCAGGACACACAGAAUGCUCUCAAAAAUUACAGAACUGCAUAUAAUCUUGUACAUGAAUUGCGAGCUCAUGAAACAAAUAUGUUGGAAAUCAAGACUAUGGCAGGAUUUAUAAACUACAAGAUUUGUCGCCUGUGUUUUCAGCAUAAUACACCACUGGAUGCAAUUGCACAGUUCAGAAAACACAUAGACUUGUGCAAGAAAAAAAUAGGGAGUGCGGAAUUGGCUUUUGAGCAUGCUGCCUGGAUGUCAAAACAAUUCCAAGCUUUUGGGGAUUUAUUUGAUGAAGCUAUUAAACUAGGACUGACAGCUAUUCAAACUCAAAAUCCAGGUUUCUAUUAUCAGCAGGCAGCAUACUAUGCACAGGAACAAAAGCAAUUGGCUAAUAUUCUCUGUAAUCAUGAGACUUCUGUGGUAUAUCCAAAUCCAGAUCCACUGGAAACUCAAACUGGAAUGCUUGACUUUUAUGGACAAAGACCAUGGAGGCAGGGAAUUCUAAGUUUUGAUCUUAAUGAUCCUGAAAAAGAGAAAGUGGGAAUUUUGGCACUGCAACUGAAAGAAAAGAAGGUUCUUCACUCUGAGCUAAUAAUCACCUUGCUGAGUAAUGCAGUUGCCCAAUUCAAGAAAUACAAAUGCCCAAGAAUGAAAAGUCACUUGAUGGUUCAGAUGGGUGAAGAAUAUUACUAUACUAAAGAUUACACCAAAGCUUUGAAGCUUCUUGAUUAUGUUUUGUGUGACUAUCGUAGUGAAGGAUGGUGGACCCUUCUUACUUCUAUACUGGCCACAGCUCUUAAAUGUUCCUAUCUCAUGGCACAAAUAAAAGAUUACCUUACAUACUCAAUAGAGCUGCUGGGCAGGGCAUCUACUUUGAAAGAGGAUCACAAAUCUCGAAUAGAAAAGAAUUUGAUCAAAGUUCUCUUGAAUGAGAAUCCAGAUCCAGAACCUGAAUGUGAUCCUGCUUCUGUGAAAGCUGCCCAGAAGUUGUGGGCUGAUAGAGUUUCUCUGGCAGGAAGUAAUAUCUUUACAAUAGAAGUGCAAGACUUUGUUCCAUUUGUGCAGUGCAAAGCCAAGUUUCUUGCUCCAAGUUUUCAUGUUGAUACACCAGUUCAGUUUGACAUAUAUUUGAAAGCUGAUUGUCCGCAUCCUAUCCGGUUUUCUAAGCUGUGUAUCAGCUUCAAUAAUCAGGAAUACAACCAAUGUUGUGUGGUGGAAGAAGCGUAUCAAAAGAGUGACAUCAUGGAGCCAUCCACCCAGGGGACAUUGUGUCUUAUCCCUGGCAAGACAAAGAAGUUCACUUUCAAGUUUGUGGCAAAAACAGAAGAUGUGGGAAAGAAGAUUGAGGAACAGACUGAUUCUACACAGACACUUCAAAAUUUUGAUGUACUUCAGCAGAAAUUCAUGGAGAAGGAGAUCACAUCAGUGGAUUUAAUUCUGGGUGGUGAAAAUGGCAGGUGUGUGAUUUUGAAGUGGCAUGGAGGAGGGGGAGAUGCUGCUGCUUCUCAAGAAGCAUUGCUGGCAGCUCGUUCCUUCAAAAGGCGACCUAAACUUCCAGAUAAUGAGGUUCAUUGGGAUAGUAUUACAGUUCAGGCAAGCACCAUGAUCAUUUCUAGAGUGCCAAACAUUUCUGUGCAGCUAAGUCAUGAACCCCCUGCCCUGACGAAUGAAAUGUAUUGCUUGACUGUGACAAUUCAGUCACAUGAGAAGACAGUUGCCAAAGAUGUAAAGCUCACAGCAGGCUUAAAACCAGGCCAAGAUGCAAACCUGACUCAGAAAACUCAUGUGACUCUAAAUGGAACUGAAAUGUGUGAUGAUUCCUAUCCUGCCUUACUUCCUGAUAUUCCUGUAGGAGAUUUGCAACCAGGUGAAAAGCUGGAAAAAACUCUGUAUAUUCAGUGUGGAACAGAUGGUGCACGGAUGUUUCUCGUGUAUGUUUCCUACCUAGUGAGUGCGACCAUUGAGGGAAAAGAGAUUAUCUGCAAAUGUCACAGGGAUGAAACAGUUACUAUAGAGACAGUAUUUCCAUUUGAUGUAGCUGUUAAGUUUGUCUCAAAUAAGUUUGAGCAUUUAGAAAAAGUAUUUACAGACAUACCGUUUUUACUGAUGACAGACAUCCUAAGUGCUUCUCCUUGGGCCCUCACUAUUGUAACCAGCCAGUUGCAGCUUUCUCCUUCUAUGUUACCUGUGGACCAGCUAGAAUCUUAUGUGGAGAAUGUUGUUUUACAGCUAGGUGAGAGUGCUAGUGAAUGUUUUUGCCUUCGUUGUCCACCAGUUACUACUGGCCAAGGUGGAGUGGCUAUUGGAUGUUAUGUAAUUUCCUGGAAAAGGAGCUCAGCUGUGAAGAGCAUACCUGCUGUUAACACUGUGAUCACACUCCCCCAUGUUAUUGCAGAAAGUAUCCCACUUCAUGUUAAUGCAGAUCUGCCCUCGUUUGGUCGAGUCAGAGAGUCUUUACCUGUAAAAUAUCACCUGCAAAAUAAGACCAAUUUAGUUCAAGAUGUGGAAGUCUCUGUGGAACCCAGUGAUGCCUUUAUGUUUUCUGGCCUUAAGCAGAUAAGAUUACGAAUCCUUCCUGGUACUGAACAGGAAAUGUUAUACAACUUCUAUCCUCUCAUGGCUGGGUAUCAACAGCUGCCAUCACUCAACAUCAACCUGCUACGGUUUCCGCACUUCACUAACCAGCUGCUUAGAAGAUUUAUACCAACACACAUCUUUGUAAAGCCACAGGGCCGUCAACCAGAUGAUGCUUCUAUUGCUGCUGCGUAACUACGGAUUCAUGCACUUAAGGGGGACAAUUUUGCACAGAAUAUGUGGAACUCUGCUUCUUUUUUAAAUUCUAAUUUUGCUCAAUCUACAAAUUAAAAAAUUUAGACCCGUAACAAUUGCCAGGGAACUAAUUAAAGUCUUAAUUAAGCAUUUUUAUGGACUUGAUUCUAACAAAUAUAAGGGGAAAAGUCAGUGUUCUUAUUUAACAUAAGUUUAUGUGUGGUUUUCUUUUCACUUUCCUGAAAUGGAAAUAUUAUUUAUUACAUAUAUGGAAUAUUUUGGCAAUAUGAAUGAAGUUAAUGUGGUUAAAAGGAGGAAGAAAAAAAUGAGUUCUGGCUUCAGUAAUGUUGUCUUGAGGUGCUUUUGCUGCAAUAACUGAUUUUGUCUCCCCAAAUUUUAUAGCAUUGAAAUCUUGCUCAUAAAACAUCAUUUUUGUGCCAUUCUGUAUUCCAAGUAAAGAACAAGAUUCACUA